CCAAAGCGGGCAGGCGGAUUCCAAAGCAGCUGGUACCUGAGUGGCCUGAAGAAAAUUGUUUGUGGGACGACAUCUGGAUUGGCGUGUUCGGCGGUUGAUCCAGCUGAAAAAGCGCCACCCCGGUUGCGCGCGGAGCAGCUUUGUUCGGCGACGUCCCGAGCCAAACCUCAGCCACCAAAGCGCGGCUUUGCCAGCAUCGCCGACAAGGUUGCUAAUCAACACCGAAGCCGCUCGUCCCUGCUGGAUUCUCUCCGCAGGUUCCAAGAAUCCCCGCAAUAGGUUUAAUCGAGACCCUAUCGCCCGCAUCAGCAGGGCGAAUUUCACCAACCCCGGGACUUUACCCAUCAGGUGAGACCAGAAAGGACUGGCUGCUGCAUCCUAUAUCUUGGGAGAGCCUAGCCGAGGGCCAUGCCACAAUAUUCGCGAAGCGACUCCUUCCCAUAUGACCUCUCCCCCUUCCGACAUGUCAUCCCCAGAAUCAAGGUCGAUCCGGUUCAGAGUUCCUCGCGCUUGCGACCGCUGCCGGAUAAAGAAAUCGAAAUGUGACGGGAACAAGCCUUGCGCAAAAUGUAAACACGACAAUGCGCUAUGCUGUGUAAGUGCUCUGAAGAGGCCGAAGACAGCUUUCCCCGCUGGAUACACCGAGCUCGUUGAACGGCAAAACAAAUACCUGGUCCGCGGUGUCGUAGCCUUGUACCAACAACUUCUUGAAGGCAAGCCUUGGGAUGCAGGCCCCGUGCAAGUGGUCAACGGCUCUCCGCUUGUACACGACAUACUCGAACGUCUGCAGGUGAGGCCAGUCGACAACGAGGGCCAAUGUAUACAUCCCGAUGGUACAGUUGAAGACCAUCCCGAGAAUAGCGCAUGCGCUGGACAAGGUGCACAAUGCACACUGCUUCCAGCUCCAGCUCAAGCAAGCCCCGACGCUACGAUAACCGCAACGGGAGAUGACCCUGGAGCAGCGAGCACAGCGGCGACCGGCGAUCUCGAUAACAGUAGCAACAGCACCGUGCUCCCAGUUAUGGAAGCGCGGAAGGUUGGCGACUUGACAAUGAUGGAGCCAGGGCAGCUGGAUGCGAGUCCAGAGCCUCUUUCCAACAGCCCCGAAUCGCCAGUGUCAUCGUAUACAUCGUCGUCAGGUGUAGAGCAGGCAUGGUGGUUCGACUGGGUAGCGCAAUCUUCAUACGGUCAGAUGCUGGAAGUGGAUUCCACACCGAACGGCGCCCCUCAGCCAACCGAGGACGGUGUGGCAAACUUGGAUGCUUAUCCUCUGGAUAUUGAUCCUGGCUGGAGCUGGGAUUUUGAGGGUGACGAGAUGCAGUUUUAAGGAUGGAAGCAUGGCGCCCGAGGAAAUUGUGUCGUUCAAUGGUCAUCGAAGCGUUCGAAGUACUGAUCUAGUGUGUUGAGCAGUCUCUUCUUCACAUGUAGGUAGCAGGAUUAGUAAUAUCACCGCCCAGCACAGAAUGACUGACUGCAGGCGUUGGUAUGGCGUGACCAGCCUGAGGCGCCGAGUCGCGACUCUGCGCAAUGGAGGCUUUCGCCUUUCGUGUAGUCGGUUAGCGCAGUGUGGACGAAGAAUA